CGCCCUGCUCCCGCUGGGGCCGCCCCGGGCUCUGCCCGCCCCGCUGCGGAGCUGCAGCCUCCAGGGGCCGGUGACUUUCGAGGAGGUGGCUGUGUAUUUCACCAGGGAAGAGGGGGCUCUGCUGGACCCCACUCAGAGAGCCCUCUACAGGGAUGUCAUGCAGGAGAACUAUGAGACGGUGGUCUUGCUGGGGUUUCCAGUUUCCAAACCUAAUGUGAUCUCGCAGCUGGAACGAGGGGAAGAGCCGUGGAUCCCAGACCUCCAGGGCUCUGAGAAAGAAGUGCUCCUGAAAGCUGCCUUCACAGGGAGUGACCUAUGUCUAGAUUCUCUCUGUCUUCCAUCAGGUGAUGGGAUGGUGAGUGAGAAUGAGGAGGAGAAACCCCAGCAGGAAGAUGCUGAGCAAGUAGAACCACAUGGAAUGUUAUCAGGAAGAUCCAAAGGGAAUGUCUCCGGGAGUUGUGCACUCCGAGAAAAAGCAAUAUCAUGUGUGACUCAGGAGAUGCCAGAGGAAAACUUCAGUAGCCUCUCAGACCUUAUAACCCGCGACAGAAUCAACUUGGAAGGGAGACACUACACAUGUCAUGAGUGCGGGAAAAGAUUCAGUUGGAGCUCACACUUUCUCACACAUUGGAGAACCCACACUGGAGAGAAGCCCUACACGUGCUCUGAGUGCGGGAAAAGUUUUAGUCAGCGUUCAAACCUUAUCACACAUCAGAGAAUCCACACAGGAGAGAUGCCCUACACAUGCGCUGAGUGUGGGAAAAGCUUUAAUCGGAGCUCAAACCUUAUCAUACAUGAGAGAAUCCACACAGGAGAGACGCCCUAUACGUGCUCUGACUGCGGGAAAAGCUUCAUUGAUAGUUCAAGCCUCAACUCACAUCAGCGAAUCCACACAGGAGAGACACCCUACACAUGCUCUGAGUGCGGGAAAAACUUCAAUCAGCGCUCUGCCCUUAGGAGACAUAGGAGAAUCCACACGGGUGAGAAACCUUAUGGAUGCUCUGAGUGCAGGAAAAGCUUUAGUCAGCGUUCAGACCUUAUCACACAUCAGAGAAUCCACACAGGUGAGAAGCCCUACACGUGCUCUGAGUGCGGGAAAAGCUUCAAUGAUCGCUCAAACCUUAUCACACAUGAGAGAAUCCACACAGGAGAGACGCCCUACAUGUGCUCUGAGUGCAGGAAAAGCUUUAGUCAGCACUCACAACUUAUCUCACAUUAUAGAAUCCACACAGGAGAGAUGCCCUACGCGUGCUCUGAGUGUGGGAAAAGUUUCAGGGAGAACUCACACCUUAUCAGACAUCAGAGAAUCCACACAGGAGAGACACCCUACACGUGCUCUGAGUGCGGGAAAAGCUUCAAUGAUCGCUCAAACCUUAUCACACAUAAGAGAAUCCACACAGGAGAGACGCCCUACACAUGCUCUUAGUGUGGGAAAAGCUUUAGUCAGCACUCACAACUUAUCUCACAUUAUAGAAUCCACACAGGAGAGACACCCUACACGUGCUCUGAGUGCGGGAAAAGCUUCAAUGAUCGCUCAAACCUUAUCACACAUGAGAGAAUCCACACAGGAGAGACGCCCUACACAUGCUCUGAGUGUGGGAAAAACUUCAGUCAGAGCUCUGACCUGAUUAUACAUCAGAGAAUCUACACAGGUGAGACACCUUACAGAUACUCUGAGUGUGGGAAAAGCUUAAAAAAGAGCUCACACCUUAUUAGACAUCAGAAAAUCCACAUAAGAGAACUGUAA